GCAAUUAUAAAGAUAUAUAAUGAAGGCAUCAGUAAUUACUUCAUAAAGCUGCACUGAGACCUCUCAAAGCAAAUCAAAGCCAGACAAAAAUCCUUCGAAUGUGACAUGGUAACUUCAGAGGACUGUCACAUUUUCCACGAAUUACAGUCCCAAGCUGAUGGCCUCCAUUUGGAACUCAAGCGAAAGGAAGCCAGUUUAAAUAUGCUGAAAACAGACAGAGAACGAAUUAAUAACCAGAUCAAUGUUGCAGCUGAACUUCAUUCUAGAGAGAAGCAGGCUUUAGUAGAGGAGAUCAUACAACUGAAAAGAAGGAAGGAACAGACAGACAGACAGGCCUCUGAAAAGGAAAUGGCGCUAUUGCGUGCCAGACAGGAAUUAGAACAGCAACAAACCAAUCUGAGUAAUUGUGAACAGAAAAUCCUUGUGAUACAGUCAAAGUUGAAGCAACGGUCAGAGCAGCAGACGGCAGUAGAUUUGCAGCUUUCUGAAAAGAGAAAGGAACUUAUGAAAGUGCAGUUUGCUGUGCAUGAAAUGGAAGACAAAAUAUUUAAAAAAACUGCAAUGCUGCAAGACCAGAUCACACAUGACAUCAGAAGUGAGAUAAGUUUUCUUCAUCAGCAAUUGAGAGAGAAAGAUCUACUGGCAGAGCAGGAUCGUUUCUUAAGAAGCAAAAUGAUGGAUGAUUAUGCAUCCCUGACCACAGAGAAUGCUGUGCUGCGUUCCCAGCUCUUGGAACUUAACAAGCAACUGAACAUAGAGAGAGCCCUCAGGGAAGAGAGUUAUGCAUCUCAGUCUUCCAGCUUUACUCAACUUCUCAAAGUGAAAGACCAAGAAGAGCAUCUGAAACAUGAGAUCGAGAUGCACCAAGAGCUCUUGCAGCAGGAAAAGAAAAACUUGCAAGAACUUAUGGAAAAGGUUGUCUGUGACUACACCGACUUUCUAAAUGCAUCUUCAUUGUUCACCUAA